UAGCAUAGCAUAAAUAGAUAGUGAGAGAUAGCAUAGCAUAACAGAUAGCUUAGAGAAAGAGUAGAUAAUAAAUAGACAACAUGGUUUAUUACUGUGUUUGUGGCGGGUGCAAGAACUCCAGCAAAACUGGACAUAGGGUCCAUUGUUUCCCCAAGGACAAAGGGAUCUUCCGAAGCUGGGUGCAAUUUGUCAAAAUUAGGCGGGCAGAUUUUUCAGCUAGCUCUGUCACCGCCUACUCGAGAAUAUGCAGCGCGCAUUUCAAGGAGGAGGAUUACCACUCAGGGGAUGCCAAGAUGGUCGCACUUUCUUUAAAAAGUAUGAGGAUGGCUAAGUUAAUUCCUACCGCCGUGCCGUCUGUGAAUGCAAACCUCUCUGCUUGUCCUGUCCCGAGGUCGAGAGACACCGUCUGCCGCAAGCGAUAUAUUGCCACGAUGAUGACAGAUACCUCACAGCAGGAGACCGUGGACAGUGUAGACACUGUGGAGAGUGUCGAUACUGGGGAUCAGCCCUUGCCCUCCUCCACUUCUGAUGCUGUGACACAGUGUUAUUUGAAGCCCCCCCGAUGGUCUCGCGCUGUGCAGGUUAACCUGAAGCCCAAGAUGGUCAGCGUGGGCACACAGACGUCUUUCAGCCCACAAACCUCCACUCCCCUCGCUAGUCCUGAACAGACAGAUGAUGAAGAUGAUGAUAAUGCCUCUGUCGUUAGUGACUUAUCGUGGGUGCCCGAAGAGCCGAUGCAUGAGGAGGACUUGUUUGAUGAGGAGCCACCUUACGCGUGUGACCCCCACCACAAGUGAGAUAAUUUAAAACCAACAUAGACCAUUUUGAAUGCUCAUUUUAUUGUGUACUGUAGCUUUGGUAGUUUGAAUGACACCUCCCU